AUGGGGGCAAAAUACAAGGCAACAUCAUUGUUGGUUCUCUUCGCUAUGGGAUUAGUUGUGGCUUUUGAAGAAUCUCUGAAGCUCGAGACUAUAAUUGGUAUCGAUCUCGGGAUGACUUAUUCCUAUGUUGGUGUCUACCAGAAUGGACACGUUGAGAUUAUAGUGAACGAUCAAGGAAAUCGGAUCACCCCCUCAUGGGUUGCAUUUACAGACACUGAGCGUCUCAUUGGGGAGGCGGCCAAGAAUCAAGCGUCUCUCAAUGCCGAACAGACCAUCACCAUCUUUGGUGUUAAGAGACUUAUUGGGAGAAAGUAA